UCCUGCCCCGGACUCCCGCUGCUCCUCCUCCUCCUCGUCCUCGUCGUCGUCUUGGCCCCGUCGUGGGCGGCCUGGGGGAGGUCGGCCGGCCGGCCGGCGUCCCGACCCCGGAGCCCCGGGCACGGAGCGGUCGGGGUCCCUCCUCCGGCGGCGCCCGCGCGGACGGGGCCCCGCGCCCUGCGGAGCGACGGCGGCUCUGGCCUGCGUCGGCCAGUGUUUCUCCUUCUGCCGCCGCGUCUGGCCGGGCCGCGGCCUGCCCGGCCCCGGGCCGGGGGCGCCGCCCCCCGCCGCGAUGGUCAAGAUGACCAAGUCGAAGACCUUCCAGGCGUACCUGCCCGCCUGCCAUCGCACCUACAGCUGCGUCCACUGCAGGGCCCACCUGGCCAACCACGACGAGCUCAUCUCCAAGUCGUUCCAAGGGAGCCAGGGCCGAGCCUACCUCUUCAAUUCCGUGGUGAACGUGGGCUGCGGCCCCGCCGAAGAGCGAGUCCUGCUGACCGGCCUGCACGCCGUCGCCGACAUCUACUGUGAGAACUGCAAGACCACGCUCGGCUGGAAAUACGAGCACGCGUUCGAGAGUAGCCAGAAGUACAAGGAAGGGAAGUUCAUCAUCGAGGUCGCCCACAUGAUCAAGGACAACGGGUGGGAGUGAGGCCGCCCCGACCGCCCGUCCGCGGCCCCCGGCGCCGCGGGCCCCCUGCCCGGCCGCUGCCUCCGCUCCUCUCGCCCGAGAACUCCAGAAACCACGACCCGGUGGACCACGGCAGCUCGACCCUCGGGCGAGGCCGUGCCCGCUCUUCCUCUGCGGACCCCAGACUCAGAGGGGCCGGCGGCGGCGGGGGGGGGGGGGCGGUUCGGCCGACCGCGGCUUGCCACCGUCCGCCGGGUCCGGGUCGGCCGCUCGGCCCACGGGGCGGCGUCCGAGGCGCCUCCCCGAGCCGGGGACCCGGCGUCCACCCCGCAGGGCGGGCGGCGAGCCCGGGGCCGGAGCCGGCCCGUGAGGGACCCCCGGCCGCGGCUCGCCCGUGCCGGACGAAGCGGAUCGGGGGGCCGGCGAGGGGAAGGGGCCCGCUGCCGGAAGCUUUUUCAAGUUUUUAAAGAGGGCGUUUGGUUUGCUGGAUAAAUCAUCCCCCGGGAC